AGGAAAAGUGGAAAACCAGACAAAAAAUCAACUCAAGCAAUCGCAAGAAACCCGAGCGCGAAAGCCACCCCCACCCCUCCUCUCUAUACUCUGCAACAAGGGCGCGAAUAAGAAGUUGUCGACGGAAGAAACGUAUACAAACAAUCUCUCAACAAUCGCGAAUUUCUCAAUCCGGGUAUCUUCAGGAUCUGGAUGCUGGGUGAUUCUACUAUGUUGUGACGUGAUUAGGGGACUAAGAGCAGGUUCUUGGCCCCCAGCUGAUGAGUUGCUAUUUUUUGGAGGUUAUUUUUUUUAGGCAACAAAAUGAGCCUAACGCUCGAUAGCCCAUUUAUUGGGACUCCACUUUAUAGCUCUCUAAGUGGUAGGAAUGAGAAUUCUAUAUAUUUCCCAAAAAGCCAGUUGGCGAGAGCCCCUUAUCGCAAGCGAAUAUUUGCGAAGAAGCAGAAUGAUUGGAUAGCUCAGGCAAUCAAGUUUUCACAUUUUUGUGGCAAAAAUGUAGAGAUAUUGAGGAAGGCAAUUGCAUCGAGGAAUGGGUCGGAGUUGAACUGUGUGAGAGAGCCUUUUAUGAGGAGCAAGGCUCUUGCAAUUUCUCUGGCCCCUUUGUGGAAAGAGGGGUUGCUGUUAGUAAGAUGUUCUGUAUUUGUGUCUGUAAUAUCUGGGGUGUGCUUAUUGGUUUGGUACGGGCAGACAAAGGCCAAGGGUUUUGUAGAAGCCAAGCUUUUGCCUUCUGUUUGCUCCACGCUCACUGAAUAUAUUCAGCGCGAGAUUGAUUUUGGCAAGGUUCGGAGGGUGUCGCCUUUGAGCAUUACGUUGGAUGCAUGUUCACUUGGUCCUCAUAACGAGGAGUUUUCUUGCAGUGAGGUCCCUACAAUGAAGAUUCGUGUUCUCCCUUUGGCCAGUUUGAGAAGGGGAAAGAUUGUAGUUGAUGCAGUUUUGUCUCAUCCAACUCUUUUGGUUGCACAAAAGAAAGAUUUUACAUGGUUAGGAUUACCCUCAUCUGAAGGUGAUGGCUUACAGAGACAUUUUUCAACUGAAGAAGGAAUUGACUAUCGGACGAAAACACGAAGGAUUGCUAGAGAGGAAGCAGCUGCUUGCUGGGCCAAACAAAGGGAUGAUGAUGCUCAGGAAGCUGCAGAAUUGGGUUAUAUUGUUACAGGAAAAGGUUCUGGUUAUUCUGAAGAUAAUGUGUUGAAUGAAAAUUCAAGUCAUUCAAUUGAUUUAACCAGGUCAAAGUCUUUUUUGUGCGUGGACGAGAAGAUGCACUGGAGAGAUCAUCAGUGCAUGGAUACAGGUGUUGAUUAUGAUAUGAAGCAUGCAGAUCUAGAGAAAUCAUUUGGUGUAAAAAUUCCAGGCGCAGGGCUAAAAUUCUGGUCCGCAGUGAUUAAAGGGCCUGGGAAGCACAAACUUAAGAGGAAGGCUAAUGGAAGUGAUUUCUCUGUCGCUGGUGUUACUGCCAAAAGGCGAAUCCUCGAGCGUAGUGCAUCAGCGGCUCUUUUCCAUUUCCAGGGUCUAUCUCAUGGGAAGUUUGAUUACCACUCUGUUUAUUCCUCUGCAGCUUGUGAAGUUAUAAGCCUUGACAACCUUUUAUCAAAAACGGAAGAUGAUGCUAAUGCAGACUCAAGUUGUGGCAGCAGACCUCUAGAAAAUGAUAACCAGGAUGGAAAAGAUGAUAAAGAUUCUGAAAUUAAAAUAAAUGGUUGUAUAAACCGUUUUGACUUUAUCCGUGACCCAUUUCUUAUGACUGUAGAUAGACUCAAUAGAGUUGGACAAUUCAGUGAGAAUUUGCCGCGUAGUGGAAAUAUUUCAGGUGGUGAAGGUUCGCUACCCGGUGGUAAUGUUGCAAGUAAUUUUAAUUCUGAUUGUUGUUUUAUAAACCGAGAGGAUGCACUAGUUGUCAAUGUAUCUGAUGGUCAAGGAGAUCAUACUUCUAAAAAUUCAACUUUCAUGCAGCUCAAGCCUAGGUCAAUAAACCAUUCACUUCCUGUUUGGCCCAUGAGUUUGAAAUCUGGCUUACCUUAUUUUUUGAGAAAUAUCUGGGAGGUCUUAUCAUCUCGUCUUGUUGCUCCUUUACGAGAGCUGAAUUCAGGCAUGGGUCCAAAAGUGGAAGACAUUGUUGAAGAACUUAUUGAUGGGGUAGAUAUAAAAGAGACUAAAAGCAUUGAGAGGGCACUUCCAGUUACACUGGAUUCUAUUCAUUUCAAGGGUGGAACUUUGAUGCUACUUGCCUAUGGUGACAGGGAGCCUAGAGAGAUGGAGAAUGUUAAUGGACACGUGAAGUUCCAAAACCACUAUGGCCGUGUGCAUGUACAACUGAGUGGCAACUGUAAGAUGUGGAGGUCAGAUUGUUUAUCUGAAGAUGGUGGCUGGUUAUCUGCAGAUGUUUUUGUCGACAGUGUAGAACAGAAUUGGCAUGCGAAUUUGAAAGUUGUUAACCUCUUUGUGCCGCUCUUUGAAAGGAUUUUAGAAAUUCCAAUCACCUGGUCCAAAGGGAGAGCUACCGGUGAGGUUCACAUGUGCAUGUCAAGGGAGGAAACUUUUCCUGAUUUUCAUGGACAGCUUGAUGUGACAGGAUUGGCAUUUCAAACAAUUGAUGCUCCAUCAUGGUUUUCUGACAUUUCGGCCAGUUUAUGCUUUCGUGGACAACGAAUAUUUUUGCAUAAUUCAAGUGGCUGGUUCGGCAAUGUUCCCUUAGAAGCUUCUGGAGAUUUUGGUAUUCAUCCCGAGGAAGGGGAGUUUCAUCUGAUGUGUCAGGUUCCCUGUGUUGAAGUAAAUGCCUUGAUGAGAACUUUCAAGAUGAAGCCUUUGGUGUUCCCACUUGCUGGUUCCAUAACGGCUGUAUUUAAUUGUCAAGGUCCACUUGAUGCACCAAUAUUUGUGGGAAGUGGUAUGGUUUCGAGGAAGAUGACUCAUUCAGGUUCAGAUGUCCCUGCAUCCUCUGCAUCUGAAGCAAUGUUUAAAAGUAAAGAGGCUGGUGCAGUUGCUGCAUUUGACCGUGUUCCAUUUUCGUAUGUAUCGGCUAAUUUCACAUAUAACACUGACAAUUGUGUUGCCGAUUUGUAUGGAAUUAGAGCAAGCCUCGUGGAUGGUGGUGAAAUUCGAGGGGCAGGGAAUGCAUGGAUCUGCCCAGAGGGUGAAGUCGAUGAUGCAGCAGUAGAUGUGAAUUUCUCUGGCAGCUUGUCUUUUGAUAACAUUAUGCAUCGAUAUAUACCAGGCUACCUUCAUUUGAUGCCAUUCAAACUAGGGGACUUGAGCGGAGAAACAAAAGUUUCUGGAUCUCUUUUGAAACCGAGGUUUGACAUCAAGUGGAUUGCUCCUAAAGCUGAAGGGUCAUUUAGCGAUGCGCGUGGAGAUAUUGUCAUCUCACAUGAUUGUAUUACCAUUAAUUCUUCAUCCGUUGCCUUCGAAUUGUACACUAAAAUUCUAUCGCAUUUUCCUGAUGAGUAUUGGCUAAAUCGACAAGAUUUUGAUGUUAAGAGUGCUGUACCAUUUGUUCUUGAUGGAGUUGAGCUGGAUUUACGUAUGCGUGGUUUUGAGGUUUUCAGUGUGGUUUCUUAUCCUUAUGAUUCUCCGAGACCUGCACAUCUAAAGGCAACCGGGAAAAUCAAAUUUCAGGGGAAGGUUCUCAGCCCUUGUAGUAUUAAGAAAGAGCAAGAUUUGGAUCCUGAAAAUAACAUAGAACAUGAACAAAUCAUAGAGCAUGGAAACUCAAAAAUUCUUGGCGGUGAAAUCUCAGUGUCGGGUCUCCGACUGAAUCAGUUGAUGUUGGCACCCCAAUUGAUUGGACAGUUGAGCAUUUCUCAUGAUCUUAUCAAGUUGGAUGCCAAAGGCCGGCCUGAUGAAAGUCUUGCAGUUGAGAUUGUAGGGCCUUUACAGCCUAGUUGUGAAGAUAACUCACAGAAUAGAAAAUCCUUUUCCUUUUCCCUUCAGAAAGGACAACUAAGAGCUAAUGUUUGUUUUCAACCGUCACAUUCUGCUACAUUGGAGGUGCGCAAUUUGCCGCUUGAUGAAUUGGAGCUGGCUUCACUUCGUGGAACAAUACAAAGGGCAGAAAUUCAGCUUAAUCUUCAGAAGAGAAGGGGUCAUGGUAUUUUAUCUGUACUCCGGCCAAAGUUCAGCGGUAUUCUUGGUGAAGCCUUAGAGGUGGCUGCUAGAUGGAGUGGAGAUGUGAUCACUGUUGAAAAAACUGUUUUGGAACAAAGCAAUAGUCGUUACGAGCUUCAAGGUGAAUAUGUUUUGCCCGGCUCCCGAGAUCGGACUGCUGCUGAAAAGGAAAAUGGUGGCUUGUUUAAAAGGGCAAUGACUGGGAAUUUAGGUAGUGUUAUAUCUUCCAUGGGAAGGUGGAGAAUAAGGCUUGUAGUUCCUCGAGCAGAGGUUGCUGAGAUGCUGCCCCUUGCAAGACUUCUUUCUCGAAGCACAGAUCCUGCUGUUCGUUCUAGAUCAAAGGACCUUUUUAUUCAAAGUUUACAGUCAGUGGGAUUAGAUACUAACAGUCUUCAAGACUUGCUUGAGGUAAUACAGGGACAUAAUGCUCCGUCAAACGAAGUAAUUCUUGAAGACUUGAGUCUUCCAGGCUUGGCUGAACUUAAAGGGCGCUGGCAUGCCUCUCUUGAUGCCAGUGGAGGUGGCAACGGCGACACCAUGGCGGAAUUUGACUUCCAUGGGGAGGACUGGGAAUGGGGAUCCUACAAAACUCAACGUGUUCUCGCUGUUGGGGCAUAUAGCAAUGAUGAUGGCUUGCGCCUUGAGAGAAUUUUAAUUCAAAAGGAUGAUGCCACUAUCCAUGCCGAUGGGACUUUAUUAGGGCCAAAAACCAAUCUUCAUUUUGCUGUUCUAAAUUUUCCUGUUAGCUUAGUGCCAACAAUUGUUCAGGUUAUUGAAUCUUCAGCGACUAAUGUAGUUCAUUCUUUGCGACAACUGUUAGCCCCUAUUCGGGGUAUACUCUACAUGGAAGGAGACUUAAGAGGAAGUCUAGCAAAACCAGAAUGUGAUGUCCAGGUAAGGCUCCUGGAUGGUGCCAUUGGAGGAAUUGACCUCGGACGAGCUGAAGUUGUUUCUUCCCUCACCUCAACCAGUCGUUUUUUGUUCAAUGCCAAAUUUGAACCCAUAAUACAAAAUGGCCAUGUGCAUAUACAAGGAAGCAUUCCUGUUAUUUUUCUUCAAAAUAACAUGUUAGAGGAAGCAGAUACUGAAACGGAUAAAACCACAACUUGGGUCUCUGGCAGGAUGAAGGAAAGGGUUGGAGUAUCUGCUGAUGAACCCAAUGAAAGGAAAGUUUUCAGAGGGAGAAAUGAAGAGGGUUGGAAUACUCAAUUAGCUGAAAGCCUUAAAGGUUUAAAUUGGAGCUUCUUAGAUGCGGGAGAAGUUAGGGUCGAUGCUGAUAUCAAGGAUGGAGGAAUGUUGUUAUUAACAGCUUUAUCUCCUUAUGUCAACUGGCUUCAUGGCAAUGCUGACAUUAUGCUUCAGGUCAGAGGUACAGUAGAACAACCUGUUCUCGAUGGAUCUGCAUCAUUCCAUAGGGCAUCUAUGUCUUCACCGGUGCUUCGGAAGCCGCUUACCAACUUUGGCGGCACGCUAAGCGUGAAAUCAAAUAGGUUAUGCAUCACUUCGAUAGAGAGCAGGGUAAGCAGGAGGGGGAAGCUGUUCAUCAAAGGUUGUCUGCCCCUUAGAACAAAUGAAGCUUCUUUUGACGAUAAAAUUGACUUGAAAUGUGAAGUUCUGGAAGUACGAGCAAAGAAUAUUCUAAGUGGCCAGGUUGACAGUCAGCUUCAAAUAACUGGUUCCAUAUUGCAACCAAAUAUUUCAGGAAAUAUGAAACUGAGCCACGGGGAAGCAUAUCUACCACACGAUAAGGGUAGCGGAAUUGCUCCUUUCAAUAGAGUGGCGUCAAAUCAGUCUGGGCUCCCAGGUGGCGGUGUCAAUCGAGCAGUUGCUUCUCGAUAUGUCUCACAGUUUUUCAGUUUAGAACCAGCAGCUUCAAAGGCCAAAUUUCCUCAAACCUCUGUUAAAUCGGCCGAUGUGGAAAAGGAAAUGGAGCACCUUAAUAUUAAGCCAAAUGUCGAUAUCCGCCUUAGUGAUUUGAAGCUUGUUUUAGGACCAGAGCUGAGAAUAGUUUAUCCUUUGAUCCUUAAUUUUGCUGUCAGUGGAGAGCUUGAACUAAAUGGCAGUGCACAUCCCAAAUGGAUAAAACCUAAAGGCAUCCUUGCCUUUGAGAAUGGUGAUGUGAAUCUCGUUGCAACUCAAGUGAGGUUGAAGCGAGAUCAUUUGAAUAUAGCAAAAUUGGAGCCUGAGCAUGGUCUAGAUCCUAUGCUGGAUUUAACUUUAGUUGGUUCAGAGUCACAAUUUAGGAUUCAAAGUCGAGCCAGCAGUUGGCAGGACAAACUGGUGGUGACCUCCACCCGUUCUGUUGAGCAGGAUGUCCUCUCACCUACCGAGGCUGCUAGAGUCUUCGAGAGCCAAAUGGCAGAGUCCAUAUUGGAAGGGGAUGGGCAGCUUGCUUUUAAGAAGCUUGCAACUGCAACGCUUGAAACCCUGAUGCCCAGAAUAGAAGGGAAGGGGGAGUUUGGCCAGGCUAGGUGGAGGUUGGUGCAUGCCCCACAGAUCCCUAGUUUGCUUUCUGGUGAUCCCACCGUUGAUCCUCUCAAGUCUCUGGCUAGUAAUAUUUCCUUUGGUACAGAAGUUGAAGUCCAGCUUGGCAAACGCAUACAGGCAUCAAUCGUCAGGCAAUUGAAAGAUUCAGAGAUGGCAAUCCAGUGGACCUUGAUAUACCAACUUACAAGCCGCCUUCGAGUACUCCUGCAAUCUACACCAUCAAAACGCCUUAUGUUUGAAUAUUCUGCUACAUCGCAGGAGUAACUCGGCCGUCAUGAUAGGUGAACAUUGUAGGAGAUUACGUCCUUUCAAUUUGUAUUCAUUAAAUUGAAUGUACUCAGAGAGAGUGGGGAGAGGGAGCAAGAGAGAGAAUAGAAUGUAAAGUUAAAAGUGUAUAUAUGUACAAUAUAUCAAUUCUUUUGCUCAGGAGUGAGCUUGUACAGAGACAGAAAAUUUAGCAGCAAUGAAUUUUUUUUGCUGCGAAUAUCAGCAAUGAGGGAUGCAUUUGAUUUCGCA